AUGGUAGAUACUGAUGUCAUUUCACAACUACUAAGGCUCACAAAUGACGACUUGGAUGAGCAUAUAUUUGAGUUGUACUCUAGAAAUGCUCCAUUAAGCAAUUUGGGAUUCAUCAACAAGAAAUCAGAUACAAUCACCGUCUCGAUUCCUGAAAAUGAUAUUGAUCUAGUUGUGAGGCAAUCAAUAUCACAAUUGUCGUCUAAACAAACAACCAGUACAACUGGAUUCAUAUGUUGGAAUACCUCAAUUCAGAUGGUAGAUUGGCUACUAUCACCAUUAUGUCCGUUCAAACUAUCCAAAUCUCAAGUAGUUUUGGAGUUGGGGUCUGGGGUGGGUGGCAUCUGUGCCUCGACGUUGCUGAAACUUGUUGGUCGCUACAUUGCAACUGAUCAAAAGCAUAUACUCAAGCUAUUGAAGGAAAAUAUAGUAGCCAAUGUACCUCACUAUAGAAGUUCAACCAUAUCGAAUUCCGUCCUGAAACUGACUACCUCCAUCGACGUAAUCGAGUUUGACUGGGAAGAGAUUGAAAAUGGUCUCUUCAAUCUCGCAGAGCUUCAUUUAGAUUCAAUACAUCUAAUCAUUGCUAGUGAUACAAUUUACAAUGAAUACUUGGUUGCCCCAUUCAUUAAUGCCCUUAAAGCCGUUCUAUCCAAAAACGUCUACGCCGUAAUUGCAAUUCAAUUAAGGGAUGCAGUAACAAUUGAACGAUUUGUCACUGAUUUAGUAGGUACUGAUGGACUAAGCGUCUAUGUGGUUCCACCAAACUUGCUAACCGAUGGACUCAAACUGGGUUACCAAAUAUACUUCGUGACUAGUACUAAAUAG